UUAUCAAUCUACAUUUACAUUAAAGUGAAGUAAUUUAUAAAUAAAAUAAAAUAAAAUAAAAGAAUAAACAAUAAUAAUUAUAUAAACAUAAUAAUAAUAAGAAUAGAACACAUAUAUUUAUAUAAUGGAGAGUUAUGAAAGUGUUUUAUUAGUAAAACCUGAAGUAUUUGUAUUUAUGAUACCUCCACGUACUACAAACAGAGGAUACAGAGCUGCUGAUUGGAAUUUAAAUGAUCCAACAUGGACAGGUCGUUUACGUUUAAUCACUAAAGAUGGUAAAUGUUCAAUUAAAUUGGAAGAUAAAACAAAAGGUGAACUAUUUGCUGAAUGUCCAAUAGAAACAUAUCCAGGCAUUGCAAUUGAACCUGUAAUGGAUUCAUCAAGAUAUUUUGUAUUAAGAAUUCAAGAUGAGAAUGGACGUACUGCAUUUAUUGGAUUAGGUUUUGGUGAUCGUAGUGAUUCAUUUGAUUUAAAUGUUGCAUUACAAGAUCAUUUUAAAUGGGUUAAAAAAGAACAACAAUUUGAAAAAGAAUCAAAUGAACCUGAAUUAGAUUUACGAUUUAAAGAAGGUGAAACUAUUAAAAUUAAUAUGAAGAUAACUAAAAAAGAUGGUACAGAGAGUAGCAGUAGCAGUAGUAGUGGUAAAAUAAAGAAUAAAACAUUUGGUGGUGUUGGUGGUAUAAUAUUAGCACCACCACCUGGUACAAAUACAUCAAAUAAUAUUAAAGUAGCACCACCAUCAACAAAUGUUACACCAACUGUAUCACCAUCACAUACUAAUGUUAAUGUUAAUGUUAAUGUUAAUAAUGAAGCUACAGCUGCAGCUGCAUCAUUAAAUAAUUGGUCUGAUUUUAAAUCAUCAUCAUCAACAACAACAGAUGUUAAUGAAUCAACAACAAUUACACCAGCUUCAACUAAAUCAACAGAUAAUUGGGUACAGUUUUAA